UCCUCGCCCGUACAGCUCGCGGGCUCCGGUUGGGGGCAGCCGUUACUGCGCGCACGUGCGGGGGGAGGGGUGGGCUAACAUGAGCACGUGCUCCGUCUCCAAGGGCUGUUUUGUUUUUAAGCCAAAGUCCAAGAAGAGGAGGAUAGCUUCAGCAGCUGACUAUUUUAAUGACAGUAAAAAUGAUUCAGAAGACAGUGGGCUACGAUUUGCUACGUGCGAAUCAUUAUGGAAGCAGAUCAAAUCUGAAACAGAGCAAAUACAAGAAGAAUUGAAUAAACAGUUAUACGACAACAUAAUACGUUUUCUGAGACGAUCUCACUCUGAAUUCCAAGAGAAGAAGACAGAAUGGACUUGUCGGAUGAAGUCCAGUGAAAUUCCUACUGCAGCUCUUGUCUUGGGUGUAAAUGUUACAGAUCAUGACUUGACAUUUAAACGUCUUUCAGAGGUUCUUCAGGAUAAUGUUACUCCUUACGUAGUUUCAUUGCAAGCCAAGGAAUGUCCAGGAAUAAGGCAUCUGCUGCAGAAGCUGAUGGGACAGCUAAUGGAUUGUUAUGUAGAAGACGACCAGUCUGAAGAGGAGGAAUAUGUUACAGUUUCCAAGAAAAGGAUCCGCUGUUCACUGGAUUCUCUUACCGACUGGUAUGAGUGUGUAACAAAGAAAACAGGUUCUGAAGCUCCAAGCAAAAAAAGAACUUCUUCCAGUCACUGGCAGUCUCCUCCAAUCGUGGUUAUCUUCAAAGACAUGGAAAGUUUCACAACCAAAGUACUCCAAGACUUCAUCGUUAUUAGCAGUCAGCACAUACAUGAAUUACCUCUUGUUCUCAUUUUUGGGAUAGCCACAUCUCCAAUGAUAGUCCACAGGUUACUACCUCAUUCUGUUUCUUCUCUGCUGUGUAUAGAGCUCUUCCAGUGUCUUUCAUGUAAGGAGCACCUGGCAACAGUAAUUGAUAAGCUACUUCUAACAACCAAGUUUCCUUUUAAAUUAAGUGAGAAAGUACUUCAGGUCCUAAUCAACAUAUUUUUGUACCAUGAUUUCUCUGUCCAGAAUUUUAUCAAAGGCUUUCAGUUGUCUAUUGUGGAGCAUUUCUACUCCCAGCCCCUCAGUGUGCUGUGUUGCCGGCUUCCAAAAGCUAAACAAAGAGUAAAUUCUUUUUCACAUGAACAAUGUGAACAUAUUCGGAGCCUACCAUCUUUUAGAAGGUAUGUGGAAAGUCAAGUAUCAGAAAAACAGAUUGCACUGUUGACUGAAGACAACUUUGUAAAGGAAGUAACACAGAUAUUACUGGAGGACUUGCAUAUUUACCAUGAAAAUUAUUUCCCAGUUCUGAAAUGUCUUCACAUUUUCACAUCUUCUCUUCCAAAGUACCCUUUGGGCAAACAGAUCAGAGAGCUGCACUGUGCAUGUUUAGAAAAGAGAGUGUGGGAAACAAAAGAAUAUGAGUCAGCUCUUCAGCUAGUGAGGAUGUUGUGUAAGGCUGACUUAGUGGCCAUGCUUCAAAAAUGUGUGAAGAUUUUUAUGUCUGUUCCUGGAAAAGAGUUUGGCAACACAGUAGAGAAACUGAAGGAGUUCUUGGCCCAAUUUCAAAAUCUGGAAGUACCAGAAGCCAGCAAAGUGCAAGAUGAGCCUAUAUCAUCACAAAAGGAACUCCAGAAAAAGAUAGACCUCUAUCAUCUUCAAAAGACUUUGCUGCAGCUGAAAGACUUAAGAAGGUCUAAGAAAUUAACCAAGUUUGAAAUGCUCCGGUUUGAAGUUGUUGACUUUAUAGACAGUCUUGUAAGAAAUUACCUUGCUCCUGCAGAGAUGCAGACACUGCAUGAGGUAGUGUAUUUCAGCGCAGCAAGCACCCUUUGUGAGCACUUGAAUGCUGCCCCACGCACUGCUCUUCAUACUGCUCUGAACAAUCCCUAUUUUUAUCUGAAGAAUCAAGCUCUGAAAAGUGAUGCGGGAUGCAUUUCUAAUAAAGCUCCUGACAUCUGCAUAGCAUAUAAACUUCAUUUGGAGUGCGGCAGAUUAAUCAAUCUUGUUGACUGGUUAGAGGCAUUUUCAACAGUGGUAACAGCAGUCAAAGGAACAGACUCAGACUCAGUUGCCUCAGAUGAGGUGGAUGAGAUUAUCCACGCUCGUUUUAUUAGAGCUGUUUCUGAACUACAACUCUUAGGAUUCAUAAAGCCCAGCAAGCAGAAAACAGAUCAUGUAGCCAGGCUGACAUGGGGAGGCUGUUAAAUGACCCAGCAAGCUAAGGAAGACACAGCCAUGUAUCUACUCGGCCUGGGAAGUUUGAUUAUUUAAACUCUUCAGUAAAACAUAUGGAAGAAAUACAGCCAUUGGGCCAAACUAACUUUGGAUGUAACUCCACUCAUGUAAAUAGGGUGAAAGGAUAAAUCUGACCCCUUAUGUACUAUGUUCCAGCUGCCUGGAUGAUUUUUUUUUAUACCAAAGUGCUACCUCUUUUUUUUUUUCUAUCCUUUAUUUUUUCAACAGAUGAGGAUUCAGCUUCAGUACAUGGUUUAAUACCCAGCUUGUGCCAAAUGCAAGCACUGAAACUUUGCCAGAUUUAAUCUUCUGUACUAUUCAAUACAUGGGGCCAUAUUGAUCUGACUUAAAGUAGAAGGCCAGCAUGAGAAUGUGUUGACUCGUCUCUUGAUGUGGAAAGCACAGAAGGGAUGAAGGAAUGCUGUUAACUUGCUCAUAAUCUGAUUGGCUUUCAAUUGGCCUCUCUUAUGAAAUGUACUCCCAGUCUGUUUGCUGCAGGGGUUUUUAAAAAAAAAUCUGUGUUCCAAAAAAUGAAAGUAGGUCUCUGUAAUCACAAACUCCUGAACACUUUGCCCAGCACUGGUAUAUGGGGCAGCCCUGGGGAAGCUUAUUUGCAAAUGGAAAAACAACAACAGGUUUCUGCAUUAGAAAGGCAAGCAAAAAUGUUCCUUAAGGGAGUCAAAGGAAUUUGUUAUCAUCAUACUAUUGAAGACAGAUUAAUAGGACCAUUGAAAUUGUGGUCUUUUCUAGGGAAGUUCUGUGGCACUAGCUAACCUGUAGUAUCGGCGAGACACUGUUAUUGGCACAGGACUCUGAGAACAACGUGUACUUUUGAAGAAGAUAACAAAAUACCCGUUAGAAACACAAGUUCAUAACUUUUUUCCCUGAAGAUGUGUUUGUUGUGCAGUGGGACAAGCAAAGGGAAGCAGCUGUGUGGGAUAACACCGUUGUUGAUGGGGCUUUAUAAAGCUGGUAUGACAGAUGUUCAGGCAGUGACAUUUCAAACUGUCUGGGCCCUGUGUACAAGUGAAUAAAACAGUUUCCAUGAUGGGGCUGCCCUAUUAUAGCCUGGUGCAGACAUUAACCCACUGGUUCGGAAUUGUUUGUAAAAUGCCAUUAAUGUGGGGGUGGGUGGAGUGCCUGUGGGAGGCGGAAAUAAAGCUGUUGGCUCCUCCUCUGUUUGUCUGUUUCUCAGAAUUAAAAAUCUGCCAUGCAGGUAUGGUCUCAUACUGGCAAGCUGCUUUGGCUUCUCUCUUUAGGAAGAUACAAAGAGAAUCAAAGAUACAAAUAGAUAAAAUAA